AAUCGUUGCUCACCAGCAUUCACUACACAGAAACAUGCCCGUCUCAUCGUUUCUAUCCGACAUGGCCAGCAGGGCACAAUCGGCGAUAAACGCGAGCCCGCUCGCUCAACACCUCCCUGGUGGCCAGGCGAGCACCGCAAGCGGCGAGAGCAAGCCCGGACUGGGAUCAAGCUCCAAGAACCACACCCUUGAGGCCCUCCAUCAUCAGCUUAGACAGUUUGGUCAGCAGUACGGUUCGGCAAGUCCAGUCCAGAAGAUCAUCACGACAGGAAAGGGUAUUGCGAUCGACUUUGAUAGCGUCUCCAGAGAUGCCAAAGCUCAUUCCAAAGAGCUCUACAUGUGGGGCCAAGAAGAGAAGCCAGAUGUUAAAGAUGUGACGGAUCGGCUGGCGUUCAUGAACUACGUUCAAGGAUCUCUUUCAGGAACCCUUGCGACCAAACUCGAUACCUCCCGUGCCUCGUUCAAGGCCCUGAGGGAUGCGGAGGCCAAUCUAGCGCCCAAGCGCAACAUCAGGGCUGGGCUGCAAACUCAGAUUGCUCGCAUCGAGCACGGCGGCGAGAAAGGAUAUGAGAAGAAGGUCGCAGAGCUCCGUGCCCAGCUGUCUAAGCUUGAGACGGAAGACGAACCCCUCGAAAAGGAGGUUCAGAUACUGAAGAGGAAAGCCGUCAGAGACAGCGAAACGGCCAAAUGGACGGCCUUGCGCGAGUACGGCGAAAAGUUAUCAUUAGUCGCUCAAGCUUCCUUGGCUGUGGUCGAGGCGCUCCCGACUUUGCCACCGACCGCUGAGCAACCCUAUCAGGGCGCUCAGAUCACCGCUGCGGCACGCGCCUCGCUCCAGAGUGCUCUUGAUAAAUAUCAGACGGGUCAGGUCAGCCUGGCUCCUCACCUGAGCUCCGUCGGUGCAGACCUCAGCCGAAGUGACACGCGCAGCUUCGGAGAGAGUCACAGGGAGGAGAUUGAUAGCAUUCACACCACCGACGCUCGCUCAGCCGUCGAACCGGGGAUCCCCAUCACUCCUCCUGCGCACGACGCAGCCGCGACCUUCCCUACUCCUCCUGCGCAUCCCGCAACGCAUCCUACCCCCAUUACGACGCAAGUCACGCCGGGCCUGAAGUCAGCCUCGACCUCAACCGGCUCGCUGCCGAUGUCACCGCUGCUGGACCCCUCGACGUUGAAUCACGAGCCAGCCCCCAUCCCCUCGUCUCCUCCCGUUAGCAUCUCCACCAGUCUCUCGCCCGCGGGCCCCAUUGAUCCGAUGAAGCCGGAGACUAAAGUUCCGAGUAUUACUCCGACCGUGGCAGAGACUGGGAUGCCGGUCAGCGCUAGCAGCCAUGGCGGUCCCGGGCCUGCAACCGGAUCGCUGAAGCAGCUCCGCGAGGAACACGCCAUGUCUCCCACCGCGACGAGUUCGCCGACGAUGCAUGCGUACGGCUCCCCGGGGGCGUUCGCGUCUGCGGAGGACGAGAAGAAGCGACUGCAGCGGGAGGAGAGGGAGCGGCUGCUCGCUGGCUCGGGUCCGUCGGCGACGCAGCCGCAGUACGAGUCGGCUGAGGACGAGAAGAAGCGGCUCGAGCGGGAGGAGCGGGAGAGGAUCCUCGCUGCUGGAGGGAGCGGCCCUGCGCAGAGCAACCAUCCGCCUGACGACGAUAACGAAGAGCUCCCUCCUUAUCAGGAGCCCAGCCUGUAAACGGGCCGCGGCUGAUCGAAACAGAUGGUCGGACCUUGAUACCCAGAGAAGCGAAUGAACCAAAUGUAUUCCUGCCUCAGUCCUGCCCUCGACAGAAGAUGAACCAAGCCUAUGCUAUAUUCCACAGAUGUACUUGAUACAGCAUAUACACGUGAAUGAUAUUCUACAACCAAUC